AUGCCCGUGAGCUCACUGCAGAGCGUGGUGCGCUCUAGCGGCACCCGGCCGCCAGCCGCACCCCAGCCCCGCGCCGUGCGUCCGCGGACGCGGCUCGAGCGCCCGCCGCGGCCUCGGCGCCCCGCAGGUCCGAGGCCCCGGAGCCUCGCCUGCUCGCCCGAGGCGGAAAACGCCGCCGGGAAGCCCCCGCCGGCCGGCCGGCCUCCGGCCGCGCGCCGGCGCUCCGCAGACUUCUCGGGGCGCGCGGGGACGCCGACUAUUCCCGAAGUUUCCCGAGCCCCCGUCUCCGACCCGUCACUGCCACAGCUCCCCGGACAUCCCCCCGGGAUCCGGAGAGGCCGGGGGCGCACGCGAGCGGCGGGGCUCGCGCUCCGGCCGCUCCGCCCCGCCCGCCCGGGCAGUCGGGGCGGUCGGGGGCGCCGGCGUCCCGCCCGUCCUUCCGCCCCGGCGCUGCCCCGCGCUUACCCCCUGUGCCGCGGCGGCGACCCGGUGCGCUCCCUCUCGAGCAGGGCUCCCGGCCGCUCUGAAAAGGAGAAUCUUCUCUUACACGUGCGGUGCAACUUCACGCGUGCGCCCGCGCCAGCGCCCGGCCUCCCCGCCCCGGCGGCAUCCCCGCGGCCCCACGCGCCCCGCGCUCGGCGCCCCCACGCCGCAGCCCCGGCCGCCGCGCCACGCCCCCCGCCGCCUCCACCCCGGCCCGGGGGCCGCGCGGGGGCGGUGCCGGGCAGGCGCGAAGCGGGGGGCCCCCGCCCCGCGGCCCGCCCGCGCCCCGCGCGCUCGCCCCGCACCCGCGCCCCGCCCGCGCUCCCCGUCCCGCCCCCCGCGAGCAGCCGCGCCCCGCACCGCCUCUCGUGCGCCGUCGGUCUGCACUUGCCCCCGCACCACGCGUGGCGCCACACCGCGCCUGUACCCCUCGUUCCGCCACAGUGUCCGCAUUCCCACCGCACCUGCCCCCGUCACCCCGCACCGGGCCCGCAUUCCCACCCGCACCUGCCCCCGUCACCCCGCACCGGCCCCGCAUUCCCCCCCCCCCCCGUCACCCCGCACCGGGCCCGCAUUCCCCCCGCACCCGUCACCCUGCACCGGGCCUGCAUUCCCACCGCACCUGCCCCCGUCACCCCGCACCGCCCCGCAUUCGUACCCGCACCCUCACCCCCGCACCGGGCCCGCAUUCCCACCCGCACCCUCACCCUGCACCGGGCCCGCAUUCCCACCCCACCUGCCCCCGUCACCCCGCACCGGCCCCGCAUUCCCACCCGCACGCGUCACCCCCACCGGCCCCGCAUUCCCACCCGCACCCGUCACCCCGCACCGCCCCGCAUUCCCCCCGCACUUGCCCCCGUCACCCCGCACCGGGCCCGCAUUCCCACCCGCACCUGCAUCCGUCACCCCCACCGGCCCCGCAUUCCCACCGCACUUGCCCCCGUCACCCCGCACCGGGCCCGCAUUCCCACCCGCACCCGUCACCCCGCACCGGGCCCGCAUUCCCACCGCACCUGCCCCCGUCACCCCGCACCGGCCCCGCAUUCCCACCCUCACCCGUCACCCCGCCCGGGCCCGCAUUCCACCCACCUGCCCCCGUCACCCCGCACUGGCCCCUUAUUCCCCCCCUCACCCGUCACCCUGCACCGGGCCCGCAUUCCCACCCGCACCUGCCCCCGUCACCCCACACCGGCCCCGCAUUCCCACCCGCACGCGUCACCCCGCACCGGCCCCGCAUUCCACCCGCCCCCGUCACCCUGCACCGGCCCCGCAUUCCCACCCCCCUGCCCCGUCACCCCGCACCGGCCCGCAUUCCCACCCACACGCGUCACCCCGCACCGGCCCCGCACCCACCCGCCCCCCCUCACCCUGCACCGGCCCCGCAUUCCCACCGCACCUGCAUCCCGCGCCCCUACCCACGGGAGCGCCCUCCCACUCGGGAUGUGGGCCCCGGGGCUUUUUCCCGCCGCCGGGCUCCCGCGGGCCUCGGGUCUGUUCUCCACUGAAAGUUCUCGGCGCUCAAGGGGCGGAAGCGGGAUCAAAGGGCUCCCGGGUUUCCGCCUUGGCCGCCCCCGGGGCACCCCUCGCGCGCACGUGCGCCUGCCCUCGCGGGGCCGACCCCGGCUCUGGGGGCGCUCCUGA